UAUAAAGAUAUGAUUUCUUGAGGUUUUAAGAUAAUACCGGACAAAGUUUGAUCUCUAUCACCAGUUUUAUCCUAAAUUCUUCUUUUUACAUUUAAGUUUUUAUUAAUUUUUGGAUAUAUGCUUUAAAGGUUGUCACAUAUUGCACUUUUUUACAGGAAAAAAUAUAGAAGUUUGUCUAUUAUAUAAGGAAAGCAAAAUAUACAUUCAUAUUAUAUUUUAGAAACUCAAUAAUUUAGUAUUUGGGAAAUUUUUAUUGAAGUUUCCUUAAACAGAAACAGUGUAGGAUCUAUAAGUAUAAAUAGGGUGUCAAUUUAUUAGGUCUCUUGUCGUAUCUCCAUAGCAAAACCUAGCAGCAGUCACGUUUAAAGCUUCUCGAACCAAGAACAAUGGCUGAAGUCGAAUCAGAUGUUCCCGCAGCUGCUCUUGCGAAAAAGAGAACGUUCAAAAAGUUUUCCUUCAAAGGAGUCGAUCUCGAUGCUCUUCUUGACAUGCCCACUGAUGAGCUUGUCGAGCUCUUCCCUUCCCGUAUCCGAAGAAGGAUGAAAAGAGGAUUGGCAGCGAAGCCUAUGGCUCUCAUCAAGAAAUUGCGCAAAGCGAAACUAGAAGCACCAGCUGGUGAGAAGCCAGAAGUAGUGAGAACACAUCUAAGGAACAUGGUGAUUAUGCCUGAGAUGAUUGGAAGCAUCAUCGGUGUUUACAACGGAAAAACUUUUAACCAAAUCGAGAUCAAACCGGAGAUGAUUGGACAUUACCUUGCGGAAUUCUCAAUCACUUACAAACNAAGCUUCUCGAACCAAGAACAAUGGUUAGUUUCUCAAAUCUCUAUCUCUCUAAACCUUAAUAAUUCGAUUGCUGAAGUCGAAUCAGAUGUUCCCGCAGCUGCUCUUGCGAAAAAGAGAACGUUCAAAAAGUUUUCCUUCAAAGGAGUCGAUCUCGAUGCUCUUCUUGACAUGCCCACUGAUGAGCUUGUCGAGCUCUUCCCUUCCCGUAUCCGAAGAAGGAUGAAAAGAGGAUUGGCAGCGAAGCCUAUGGCUCUCAUCAAGAAAUUGCGCAAAGCGAAACUAGAAGCACCAGCUGGUGAGAAGCCAGAAGUAGUGAGAACACAUCUAAGGAACAUGGUGAUUAUGCCUGAGAUGAUUGGAAGCAUCAUCGGUGUUUACAACGGAAAAACUUUUAACCAAAUCGAGAUCAAACCGGAGAUGAUUGGACAUUACCUUGCGGAAUUCUCAAUCACUUACAAACCGGUUUCGCACGGAAGGCCCGGUCACGGUGCUACUCACUCCUCUAGGUUUAUCCCUCUCAAGUGAAGCCAUUACAAGACUUCAUGUGUUGUUUCUACCAUUUCUUUUCUUUUGCUUAUCUAAAUCUUUUUUAUGAAGUUGUUUCUUUUGGUCUUUGAACUUUUCUUAUUAUCGUUAGUACUUUUCUUGGUCACUUUCUUUAUGAGACUUAUAUACCACCAUGAAGUUUAGACUUGA